CCUUAAGUGACUUCAAAGCCCCCAAAUCCGAUCCGAUCCGCACGCAGCAGCACCUCUACGACCCCUGUUUCAGAAGAAAAACGCUUACUUAGGGCUUGAUGUGUAUUAAAAGGCAUUUGAACAAUGCAAGAAAAUUAUCACGUCGCCAUUAUUAGUCCAGCCCUUCGCCAACGCCUCCUGCAUUCAUGGGCUCAGUUUCUUGCUUCUUCAGCGAGGAAGAUUUGCAAGCUCGGAACUUUGAGGAAGCCUCACCCAAAAAUGUGUCAAGUACUGACCAUACACCGGUUCAAACAUUAGCAGAAACGGAAAAUCACAACAGAAUUAUCGUCCAACCAAACUCAGCGCUAUUUGAUCAAAGUUCUCUUCUACAAGAUGGAAUGGAAAAUCCAAUCUAUUUUGGAGCAGAACACAUUAAAGCGCGACUUGAUCGCGAAAUCAAAUACGAGGAAGAUGUUUCCUCUUUCGCAGACAUUACAAGCACAGAUCCCCCUGGUUUUGAUGCCGCCAACGCUGCCGUGCUUACAACUACCAAAGGAAAUGAUGUUCCCUUUCGAGUUGGCGAUAAGAUCCCCUCGGAAAAUGCUCGACAAAUCCUGAUUGCCACCACGUGGCGGAGUGGGUCCUCUUUCACAGGCGACAUCAUUCGGACUUUUCCAGGGACUUUUUACUCCUUCGAACCUCUUCAUUACACCUAUAGGAAAGAAACUAAUCUUGAAAACCACGAGCCAGCCAUAAGCUUAUUGAAAUCACUGUUUAAGUGCAAGUAUGAUUCCAAUGCUCUGGAAUAUUUUCAUCACGCCUCACUAGAGGGUAAGCAAUUUCUCGUGGACGACAAUACCAGGGUGUGGCAGGUCUGCCGCAAACUUCUGCCCAACAAAGCUGCUUGCUUCAUGCCCGAAUUUUAUCAGGCCGUAUGUCCUCUAUUUCCCAUUCAAUUGAUCAAAACUGUCAGAUUGAGGGUGGAAUAUGCAGCUAAGCUAUUGGCAGAUCCAGAACUUGUCAACCUAAAAGUGAUUGUUUUAAUCCGUGACCCCAGAGGCACGAUGAAUUCCCGAUCUAACAGCCGUUGGUGCUUCCGAGACGAAUGUUCCAACGUGACCAGAACUUGUCAAGAUCUUGAUCGCGACAUCACGUGGGCUUACACUCUUCGCGAUAGAUAUCCUGGUCGCAUCUAUCUUGUUCGAUAUGAAGAUCUGAGCUUGAAUCCAUACGAGAGGGUGAAAAACAUUUUGCAGUUUUUAGAGCUGCCGCAAAAUUCAGGAGUAAACAAUUUUAUCAAGACUCAUACCGAAACAGAUCAAAAUCCCACGGUGUCGCAAAAUACAAAACAGGGAACUGGGAUUUUUGUCGAUCCCAGUGGCACUUACCGCAAUUCCAAGACGACAGCCUUUGCUUGGCGACAUCAGAUGGAUUUGGAAAAGAUCCAUCGAAUUCAAGAGAUGUGUGCGAUACCCAUGGAGAAAGGUGGUUAUAAACUGAUUGAUACGAUGAAACAAAAGUAUGAUCCUGAUUUCCAAGUUAUUUCCAAGACAGUUGAAGACAUUUGGCCUUGGGAGACUGUCUAGAAAUUUCAGAAUAAUGAGGAGAAAAAGAACAGCUAUU